AUGCCAUCUUCGAGUCUCGCGUCCUACUAUUCGACAAGAGAACCAGCCAAACAAGGCACGCCUUAUCUUAAAAGCUUCCGCGGUUUAUCCGUCAAGCCAGAUAUCAUGUUUGCAGGGGAGAGAGUAAUUAGCCUGACACAAGAACAGAGGCACCAGUUUGGAGAAGAUGGGUAUCUUGUGUUACCAAACUUCUUUACCAACGAUCAAGCCAACAAGCUAAAAGUUCACGUUGAUGACAUGCUGGAUAACUUCCCACUCGAAGGGCAUCCCAUGACCAGGUUCUCUAUUGGGGACGGCAGACAUGUCGGUGAUGCUUAUUUCUUAGAGUCUGGAGAUAAAAUCCGCUAUUUUUUCGAAGAUGAUGCAUUUGAUGAAGAUGGAAAUUUAUUGAUAGACAAAUCGAGAGCAAUCAACAAGAUUGGACAUGCUCUUCAUGCCCAUGACCCAGUUUUCAAUAGAUUUUCGAUUAACAGGUCUACCCAACAACUUGCCAGGGAUCUCGGGUUUGAUGAUCCAAGAAUACUUCAGAGUAUGGUCAUUUGCAAGCAACCACACAUUGGCGGUGAAGUUCCGCCACAUCAAGAUUCUACUUAUCUUUACACCAGACCAUUGUCGGCCAUAGGAUUCUGGUUUGCUCUAGAGGACUGCACAUUGGAGAAUGGUUGUUUGUGGUUCAUACCUGGAUCACACAGAACUCAUCCGGUGUUGAAACGCUUUGUUCGAGUGACCGGUAAUGCAGGUACUACAGUUAUGGAUAUUGGACAUGAGGAAGUCUCUAUAAAUGAUGAAGACUUUGUGAAGGUGGAAGUCGAAGCAGGAUCCUUAGUCUUGAUACACGGAUCGGUCGUACACAAGUCUGAAGCUAAUAAAAGUGAUCGAUCGAGAUAUGUUUACACAUUUCAUAUUAUUGAAGGGAACGCGGAAUACGAUCAUUUGAAUUGGUUGCAGCCAACGGAGGAAUUGCCGUUUACACCGCUCCUGUAA